AUGACUCGUACCUACGAAGCUGCGAUCUCGGCUCUUAACUCUUUGCAGACCAACUUUGCGAUUGUGGAGCAGGUUCGCAAAUCGGGGAAGGCCCUGAAUGAGCUCUCUCUCCCGGAGACAGUUGAAUGGCUCCGUUGCAUUGGAUACACGCCCUCCGAUCUUAACCGAUUAAACGCAAUCCACGUUGCCGGAACGAAAGGCAAAGGCUCGACCUCUGCAUUUAUCUCUACGAUCCUCUCUCAAUACACCAAAGAAGAGCCCAAUCAGCCCACACCCAAAUUCAACAAAAUCGGCCUAUACACCUCCCCCCACCUACGGUUCGCUCGCGAGCGCAUCCAGAUCGAUAACGCCCCAUUAUCUGAGGAGAAGUUCGCACGUUAUUUCUUCGAAGUAUGGGAUCGCCUUGAAGAAGCCGCCAAGCUGGCGGGAAAGGAACCCGAUGCCUGGGGAUCGAAGCCUCAAUAUUUCCGCUACCUUACACUGAUGGCGUUCCACACAUACCUAAGUGAGGGCGUGGACGCUGCAGUUAUUGAAUGUGGAAUUGGUGGGCAGUACGAUUGCACCAAUGUGAUUGAGCAGCCCAAGGUGGCAGCUGUUACCAGUCUUGGUAUCGACCAUACUGCCAUGCUGGGAACUACCAUUGAGCAAAUCGCAUGGCACAAGGGUGGCAUUAUCAAGCGGGGCGCAAGAGCUUUCGCGGCCCCGCAACCCACCAGCGCAGAGGAGGUCUUGGCUAAACGUGCUGAGGAGGCGGGCACUCAGUUGGAUAUUGUGCGCGGUCAUCCCGAAUUGCGCCCUGAAAACAGCCAGGUGAAACUUGGAUUAGCUGGAGAUUUCCAGUACACAAAUGCUUCCUUAGCCGUAGCAAGUGCCGCAGAGUACUUGCGCAAGGUUGGCGUGGCCGAUAUCCCCGAGGAUAUCAUGAAUGCACCCCUCCCGGCGAAGUUCAAGACCGGCCUUGAGCAAACUCGUCUAGGUGGCCGGUGUGAGACCCGGUUCGAGAAGGAUGUCGCGUGGUAUAUCGAUGGCGGACACACCCUGGAGAGUAUCCGGCUGGCUGGGCAGUGGUUCGCCUCGCGAAUCGAAGCCGACUCAUCCUCCGAGGAACUCGCCGCCAAGAAGACCCGGAUCUUGAUCUUCAACCAACAGACCCGUGACAGCACUGCUUUGGCCCAUGCCCUUUAUGAGACCCUCGUAGCUGCCCUUGGAUGUGAUGCCCCAUUCACCCAUGUCGUCUUCUGUACGAAUGUCACAUACAAGUCGGCGGGCUUCCGGCCUGACUUGGUCAGCAUGAACACAAAUGCCGACGAUCUUGAGCUCCUCCGCGUCCAGAAAUCUCUCGCAACGGCGUGGAAUGCCGUUGACCCGAAGGCCCAAACACACGUCUUUGGUACCAUUGAAGAGGCAGUCGAUUUUGCUCGGGAAGUUGCUGGCCAAGAACGCGAGGAUCUGCGGAAGGAUGAACCGCCCGUCAUGACUUUUGUCACUGGCAGCAUCCACCUGGUUGGAGGAUUCCUUGAUGUGGUCGAGACCAAGCCCGCCAGUGAGGCCUAA